GAUUGUACAGCUGCUGCUGCUGCUACUGAAGAACAUGAUGUCAGUCCGAGCUCUGUGUCCCUUCACCGUUACAAUGUUCAGUCGGAGCGCAGGUGUCUCCUCCUCCUCCUCCUCCUCCUCCUCCUGCUGCUGAGCAGUGCGACACGCUGCUCUGAGCGUUUUUGUCUCAACGGAAGUACAAUGUCUUUUUCCACCGGUUAACUGCGGCUGAACCCGGGACACAUGACAUGAAGGAGUCCAAACAGCAGGUACCAUGAGACGGAGUGUGACUGUCGCUGUGACUCGGUCAGUGUUGGUGCUGUAGCCCGUGUGUGUUUGUCUCUCUGCUGCCUCCUCAUGUCGCCUGCGUUCAACACGUUGCCCGCUGAGAGCGAGGCUGAUGCCGCCGCUGCUGCUGGCACAGGUCACCCGUGCAUCUCAUCCAUAAUUCAGGAUGACGCCUCUUAGUCAACCCUGCUCGUUCUGUCGGCCCGUCUCCAGAGUUCAGACACCUCGUCAGCAGACCGUGUGCUCCUGAGCGUUCACUGCGACCCUCCCUGUUUGGCUGCCUGGCCGACAUCCCGGGGAGGUGAUGCGACGUUUCGUCUACUGCAAAGUGGUGUUAACCACCUCUCUCGUGUGGGUGCUGGUGGACGUGUUCUUGCUGCUCUACUUCAGCGAGUGUAACAAAUGUGACGACAGGAAAGACCGCCUGCUACUACCGGCUCUUCGAGCGGUGAUAUCUCGGAGCCACGAGGGUCCAGGGGAGAUGGGCAAGGCGGUGAACAUCCCCAAGGAUGACCAGGAGAAGAUGAAGGAGCUCUUUAAGAUUAACCAGUUUAACUUGAUGGCCAGUGACAUGAUUGCUCUCAACAGGAGUCUUCCAGAUGUGAGGUUGGAUGGCUGUAAAACCAAGGUGCACCCAGACGAUCUGCCCAACACCAGCAUUGUCAUUGUGUUUCACAAUGAGGCGUGGAGCACCCUGCUGCGGACUGUUCACAGCGUCAUCAGCCGCUCUCCCAGACACUUGCUCGUGGAGGUUGUGUUAGUCGACGAUGCCAGCGAGCGAGACUUCCUGAAGAAGAAGCUGGAGAACUAUGUGCAGACUCUGGAGGUUCCAGUGAGGAUCCUGAGAAUGGAGCAGCGUUCGGGUCUCAUCAGAGCCAGGUUGAGGGGGGCAGCUGCCACCAAAGGUCAGGUCAUCACCUUCCUGGACGCUCACUGUGAGUGUACUGUGGGCUGGCUCGAGCCCCUGCUGGCCCGUAUCAAAGAGGACAGGACAGCAGUGGUGUGCCCCAUCAUAGAUGUCAUCAGCGAUGAGACGUUUGAGUACAUGGCAGGAUCAGAUAUGACAUAUGGUGGAUUCAACUGGAAGCUGAAUUUCCGCUGGUACCCUGUUCCACAGCGGGAGAUGGAUCGGCGCAAAGGGGACAGAACUCUCCCUGUCAGGACUCCCACCAUGGCAGGAGGUUUGUUCUCUAUAGAUAAAACAUACUUUGAAGAAAUCGGAAGCUAUGAUCCCGGGAUGGAUAUCUGGGGUGGAGAAAACCUGGAAAUGUCUUUUAGAAUAUGGCAGUGUGGUGGUUCUUUGGAAAUUGUUACCUGCUCCCACGUGGGCCACGUUUUCCGGAAGGCCACGCCAUACAGCUUCCCUGGAGGAACGGGCCAGGUCAUCAACAAGAACAACAGGCGCCUGGCUGAAGUCUGGAUGGAUGAUUUUAAAGAUUUCUUCUAUAUCAUAUCACCAGGAGUGAUGCGGGUAGACUAUGGAGACGUCUCGUCUCGUAAAGCCCUACGUGAGGCCUUGAAGUGCAAACCAUUCUCCUGGUAUUUGGAGAAUAUUUACCCAGACUCACAGAUCCCAAGAAGAUACUACUCCCUUGGUGAAAUCAGAAAUGUUGAGACUAACCAGUGUGUGGACAACAUGGGGAGGAAGGAGAACGAGAGAGUUGGUUUUUUCAACUGUCAUGGUAUGGGCGGAAACCAGGUUUUCUCGUACACGGCGGACAAAGAAAUUAGGACGGAUGACCUCUGUCUGGACGUCUCCCGCAUCAACGGGCCUGUCGUCAUGCUCAAGUGUCACCACAUGAAGGGAAAUCAGAUGUUUGAGUACGACGCUGAGCGACUAACCCUGCUCCACGUGAACAGCAACCAGUGCUUGGAUAUGCCGUCUGAGGAGGACAAGAUGGUCCCCACCCUGAGAGACUGCAACGGCAGCCGCUCUCAGCAGUGGCUGCUGCGAAACAUGACCCUCAAUGUCUAAUCGCCGCACCUCUACCUGACCCGACCAUUCUAUCCCACUCUGUCUCACCAGUCCUGGCUCUCCUCACCCACACCAGGUGGCUCUUACCAUCGUGUUCCUUUUCCUGUUACAACCUGGUGAGUCAAUAUGAAAGACUCAGGCAGCAGCAGCAGCAGCAGCAGCAUCAUCAGCAGCAGCAGCUUAUCUUUUUAUGGAGGUGUCUCUUCUCACAGCUCCUCACAGAUUGGAGAGCAGCUGCACCUGACAUUGUGGCGUCAUGAUAGGCUAUAACGUCUCUUGUCAUAUCCGAGCAGACCAGGGGAGAACGAUGUGUGAGGUCUGCACAUGGACAACAUUGAUAUCCUUCAUAGCUGUUCGCUGUGUGUCAGCGGCGCUGCUGAGACUGCCUAUCAGCAGCUGGACAAACGAUCAAACGGAAGGGCAUUUGUAACGAGAGCGAUGCUGCAAAGCAGGUGUCUGCCAUGGUGUGCAGUGUGCAUCGGUGUAUACUGUAGCUACAAUCAUAGAAUGAGACUGUUGUUACAGCUGCUGCCCAUCUUCUUUCAUGUCAGUGUCUGAGGCCCCCCCUUACACAUGGCAUUAGAAUGCAUUUUCUGUUAUCAGAUCAUGGUCAAGGGUGGUCAUCCACCCUUACAUCACCCUUCUUCAAAGGUUUCCAGCGUCACGUCCUGUGCACUCCUAUAUCAACAACAACAAUGGCAGCAUGUGAAGUCACACUAUUGUAUGGCCUUCUCUGCUUUUUAAAGCAAGGGAAGAAGUCGUCAAGAGCAGAAAACCAACGCUUUCAUGUAUUUCUGCUCACGUAGUUGUUGUGGGUGGAGUGGAGACGCACUGGAGAUGCAUCGCAUUUACACUUCUGUUCCAUGUGGUCACAAAUGCGUCUCCGACCACCUCCCGAAGUGGUUCGGCAGAUCAGAUGACAAUCUGUCCUCGGGUGUAUUUACACCUGUACGUACAAGUGUUCAGGCACUAUCCAGUUGCAGUCACAAUAAAACACAUUUUAAUGCCAGGUUUAAAGGAGUCCUGAGUUACUCUGAAACGUGACAAAUGGCAUGUUUCCACUAGCGCGAUGUGGCACGGUUAUUUUUGCUUUUCCCCUUGCGGUAGUAACUAGUAACUUUUUUUUUUUUAGUGCCUGCUCAGGCGAAGUUUCAAGCGAUCUGAGGUGAUACUGUGCGUGACAUCGUCACAGUGCUGGCCACUGAUUGGUCAGAGUGUAGAUCACUUAAAAAGACUUAACAAUAU